CAACGGCCAAAAAAGACUUAAGGAAACUUUCGCGCCAGACGACACGUAGAGUAAUGUACUUGCCUCACACAAAUCUCGCGCAAAAGAAGAAACGGCGAACACUUUCAUUCUCAGGAAAAAAGAAACCACCUGACAUCGUUGUCGAUCAAACGAGAUUGAACUGUUGACAUGAACAUUGACCAAGACGAUACUUUCAACAACAGCAAGGAAGAUUUGCAUCAGACGCAAGGGUACAAGCAGAACGAGACCGAGCCAAAGCCGUGGAUAACUGGAACUGCCGCUGCAUCACGUAGCAACGAAAGCAACGCUCAAGUUUCGACGACGGAUUAUUCUCUUGGAAUCUUGAAAGAAACAAAGUCAAGCAACCUUCGAAGUAUCGAUUCUAGGCAAUCUAUUUCAUGGCAAGGGCAAGAUAAGCAGAGCGCACCCUGGACGCAGACUGCCAACUACAACACCUUUGAAUCAAAACCAUUAUCGUUGGCGUCCUCGUCGUCGUUGUUCGAACCACCGUAUCCAAUGCCGCCUCCUCUCAAGAAACGAUUGAGCACUGGCUUUGCUCUUGGUAUAGGGCUUUCUGGAUGGUCUUCAAGCGCUGCUUCUGGUGGCGCCUUGGACGACACAAGAGCCAACAGUACGGCCGAUAAGGUUACUUUCAACACCAAUUCGAUGGAGCAUCGAACGCCAGCACCACGACCACGUUCGUUCUCAAUCGGUUCUCGAACAAGUCUUUCUUCCAACCCAGUAACUUGGACUGUUGGCAAGCAUGGUCCACUAAUGUCAGAUCCUCUGAUGGAUACUCCUUGUCCAAAGCUCUACUACGGAAAUCUCAACCAGCAGACUCCACUGGCUGACCCUGGAUUUGGUGGCGCAGGUUUUGGUUCAAUUGCGAGCAAUACAUGGAACCAAAUGGAAACUCUUCGACGUGGAUCCCUUCCUGGGAAAACCAACGUCGGGACCCCAUUUGCGUUCGGAAAAAACACCGACUACAUGCCUUCCUUCCCUCCUGCCUUUAUGCCUCAGAAUCAGAGCACCCAGAUUUUAAAGAGUGAAGCCCCUCAAGAAGAAGCCUCUGAUUACACCAAUGCCCUGCUGGACGAAGCCAUGCCUUUGUUGAAACGUGAGCGCCCCUCUGAGUUCACCAAUGUCAUGCUGGAUGGACGGCUAGUCAAGAUCCGCAGAGUUAAUGACACCGCUGGAGUCCGUGCCAAUGGGAAUGUCCCACAAUUUGAAAGCUACGUUACCGUGGAAGUCGACCAGAACCAACUUGGAAUGGCCCAGACGAACACAAUGAACGUCCCAUACUAUCCAACCUUGGACACAUUUAGCUCUCUUGGCAAUGUACAGACUUCAAAACCCACCAUGAGCACUGCUGGCUUCCUUUCAUCCAAUGUCGGAUCCAUGAACUACAGACCAGCCGUGUCCUUUGACACCUUGUCUCAGUCAAGUGAUUCCUCACCUCCUGUCCAAGGAUGCAUCUGUAAGCGUUCUCGUUGCUUGAAACUCUAUUGCAAGUGCUUUCAGACUUCGAACUUCUGCGACAGGGACCUUUGCCGUUGCAAGGAUUGCCACAACACUCAGGAGUACGAUGGGCCCAAGGGUGAGCGAAGAAUUGCAAUGAAGACUAUCAAGGCCAGACGUCCUAACGCGUUUGAGACUAGACCCACAAAGAAGACCGGGGAAGGCUGCUCUUGCAAGAAGAAUCGGUGCUUGAAGAAGUAUUGCGAUUGCUUUGCCAAUGGGGUUAUCUGUAUAGAUGAGAAAUGCACUUGUAAGAGCUGUGGUAAUGGGCGCCGUGAUUCCGGUGGAUCACGAGAUGCCACAAACAUCUCUGAUACCGGUGGCACCCAGAGCAGCACCGUGCCGGUGCUGGUACAACCCCUGAAGAAGGAAGAAACGUUGCAUCAGAAGAACGACUGAGUGGUCACACAAUCCAAGGCAACCGAAAUAACGUUUGCAUCAUUCCAUCAAAGCCCAUGCAAGAGCUCAAGGGUAUCAAACGUUAACACCAAGGUUAAAUCUAAGCUCUAAAUGAACACGUGCGGGUUUUGCAAAUUGUUUUGUGUACCUCCGUGGGAAGUCAGGAUUAUAUCACAGAGUAACUCCCCUGCUCUCGCAGUCAACUUGUUCGUCU